AUGUCAGAAGCGGAAGUAAAUGCUGUAGAAAGUGUCAAUAACGAUUUUGAAUCUCCUCCGACGGUGUUUCAAUGUAAAAACUGUCUUCAAAUUGUAGGCGAUUCCAAUGCGUGGGUGAUAUCGCAUCGGGAAAUGAAUAGUUUUACGUUGAGUGAUUUAGCAGAAAAUACUUUUGAUAUAGAAGAACUUUUACGAACUUCAGACGAUGGACUUUGUGUAUAUUCUGUAAUAGAAUGUGCAAAAUGCAAUACAAGUAUAGGUUGUGUAUUUCGUUCCACUCCUAGGUACUUGGAUGAUAUAAGAGAUAUGUAUACCCUCACAAUGGACAAGAUUUCGGCCUACGAAAUAGGUGCCAAAACCGUGAAUCCUGAAGGCUUAACGCGAUACCAAGUAGACCUAGAGAUUAAAGAAGAUAUUCUAAAGUUGAAAUCUUUUUGUCUGUCAUUGUAUGAGAAAUGUCAAUCUCAUUCAGAGUCAAUUGAAUCUAUUUGGAAUAAUAUAAGUCAAUUGCCGUUGGAAUCGAAGGAGAAUCGUAUUCUUUCACCUAAACAAACUAAAAGAGGGAUCAAACGGACUAGACAUUAG